AUAAAACCCAGGGUUUAAGAAAAGAAAACACUACCCAAAAGCCCUCUUCUUCAUCCAUCUAGCCCAUCUAGCCGGCCACAUCCCCUCUCACGGCUUAUGUCUAAGCUCACGUCCACAACAAUAGUAGAUAUGUCGGCGCCUUUUCAGGCUCCUAGAAAUUGGAUGGCCACACCGGGUGUUCACUCUCGUCGCCAUUGUUUCUUAUUGUCAUUUCCGGUUCAUUUGGUUUGUCCUUGGUUUAGUAACACACGGGUCGUUGAUUAUUUUUACAAACAAUCACCACAACGUCUGUUAUUGUGUUCAUCUCAUGUUUCUCCUAGUAUUGAAGAUAGUUAUGAAGAUGAUGAAAAGCAGAAAAGAGCGGCGGCGAUAGAGGCUGUAUCGGAUAUUCUGCAGGAAAAUGGAGUUUUGAAGGAGGAGUCAAUGGAAAUCGCAAUGAAAUCACCAAAGUAUUUGGAAAUGUUGAUGGAUGGUGUUGGCGAGUUGGAUGAAAUUCUACAAUCGACCUCUUCGUCGUCUUCAUCUAUUAUAAGUAUUCCGAGUUACAAGAAAAAGGUUUUUGAAAUGGGAAAACAGAAAGGGGACAAGGGUUUGGUUCCUGUUUUGGAGGGUAUGGUGGGUCUUCCUCUGGCUUCUGCUAUACAUAUAGCCCGUUAUCUCUCUGCUAGUUCUAACACCCUUCCUAGUCUCCUUCAAAAGAUCAAGCAUGUAAAGGAACUCUUAUUUUCUGAUGUGGAUGGAAAACUGCCAAUUGCAAGGAGUGCUCGGCAAAUGAUGAUGCACUUAUCAGUAUCUGUUGAUGAGGAUUUGCAGCAGACAUUAUCAUUUCUUGAGAAGAUUCAAGCAAGACGUGGAGGUCUAGAGUUGCUGGGUUCUGGUGAUGGGUCUUUCCGCUACUUGAUUGAAUCAUUUCCUCGGCUUCUUUUGCUUUCUGUAGAAUCCAAUGUGAAACCGAUGGUAGCUUUCCUUGAAUAUGUCGGAGUCUCUAAAGGUUGUAUAAGAAAUAUCCUUUUGUUGUACCCUCCGAUACUUUUCUAUGACAUUGAGAAAGAGAUCAAACCAAGACGGCAGGUUUUUGUGAAGGUGUAUGGAGAAGAUACGGAGUUCGGUAAGAUGUUGUUGAAGUAUCCCUGGAUUCUUUCUACGAGCAUCCAAAAAAAUUAUGAGCACAUUUUUGCUUUCUUAUGUGCAGAAAAGGUUCCGGAACGUAGCAUUCAUCGUGCUGUCAAGAGCUUGCCACUUCUUUUAGGUUGUUCGGUUGGAAAACAGAAGUUGAUGAUUGAUCAAUUUCAUGAAUUAGGUGUCACAGAAAAGAUGUUGCACAAAGUUAUUUCAACUAGUCCUCAACUACUUAUGCAGAAACCACGAGAAUUUUCUCAGGUGGUUUUCUAUCUAAAAGGUCUGGGACUUGAGGAAGAAAGUGUUGGAAGGAUACUUGGCAGGUGUCCUGAGCUUUUCAUGUCGAACAUAGACAAGACUCUCAAGAAGAAGGUUGAAUUUCUUACUGAACUUGGUGUUUCUAAGAGCCAUCUUCCUCGUGUAAUCAGAAAGUACCCGGAGCUUCUUAUAUGUGAUGUGAAUAACUCUUUACAUCCAAGAAUGGAGUACUUGUUGGAGAUUGGUCUAUCCAAGAGGGAAAUUGCAUUUAUGAUACGCAAAUUCUCUCCAUUGCUUGGCUACAGUAUUGAAGAGGUUUUGAGACCUAAAUAUGAGUUUCUGGUGAACACAAUGCAAAAGCCAUUAGAAGAGGUGGUGGACUAUCCAAGAUAUUUUAGCUACUCACUGGAGAAGAAAAUAAAGCCAAGAUUUUGGGUGAUCAGGAGUAUGAAUUGUGAGUGUAGCUUGAAAGACAUGUUGGGUAAGAAUGACGAAGAAUUUGCAGCCGACUACAUGAGUGUACCCUCUUCUUGAAUGGAGGCCUGGAGGUCACUUUAAUAGUUUAUAAGAAAUGAAAUGUCUUCUGAUACACAAGUCUCUUCUUCUGGAUGAACUGGAAUUACAUUCCUGUAUCAUAAUAUGUGUAUAAUCUUAUCACAUAAGGAUGCUCAGUUUUGUGAAUUGAGUUCAAGAAUCUCCAGUGUUUGAGGGGGAAAAUUUUACUAUGGAAGCCGAGUAAGACAGAAUCAUUGUUGAAACCACCAGUGUGGCAUACUUUAGAAGCACGAGCUGACAGACAUAUAGAAUAAUGCCUCUCUGCCAAGUGGACGUCAAACAAGAUUCUCGAUUCUUGUGAAGCUGCUGGUAGAAUGGGUGGAGCUCUAGCUUCUUAAUCUGAUUUGGUGUUUGUAUAAUCACCGCCUUACCGGAUCUCAUGUUUAAUGGAAAGUUUGUUCAACUCACAGAUAUUUGUUCUUAAGAAAAGAACAAAUGAAGAAUAUAUGGGUGAACGGGUGCUUUCCCUACUGGCAUGCAGGUGUAUGUAGGAAGAAUGCUUAUAAGUAUCAACAAACACUAUUUCCUAUUCGGAAUUAGAAAAGUUAUAUAUAAAAAGAGCAUGUCAUGGAAUAGGCAAUAGUAUGAGUUGAAAACUCUUUAGUUUGUCAGGUACUAUAUGGACUUGUCAUUGCAUUUAGUGACAUGAAAUAUAUCUUUCUAUGGACUUGUGAUU